AUGGCCAAUUUGGGCAAUUCAUUCUUUACAAAUCUGGUAGAUCAUACGCAAGCCAUAACGUUCUUCUGUGUUGUGUUGAUCUUGCUUAUUCUUUUGAAGGCCUGCUAUAAUUUUAGAACUAGAAGAGAAGACUCAAGGAACACCAUUUCAUUUCGAUUUGAAGAACAGAAUGGCUUAGGGCUGCCCAUCAUGGGUUUGAAUAUAGAAACAAUUGAGGCUCUGCCCGAAUUUGUGUAUUCAAACUCACAGAGCUUCAAAGAGCCACCAGAAUGCGCAGUUUGUCUGUCUGAAUUUGAAGAGAACGAGAAAGGAAGGCUGCUGCCCAACUGUAAUCACCGAUUUCACAAAGAAUGCAUUGAUAUGUGGUUUUAUUCACAUUCUACUUGUCCUCUGUGCAGGACCAGAGUGCAAUCUAAUGGAUCUUCAGAAGAACCCAAUUCUUCAAAUAUUGCAAGGAGCCAUCCAAAUUUUGUUUAUGGGCAUCUGGUGAGUGGGCAAAGAAGCUCUGGUGCAGUGCAAUAUCCAAAUUCAUCAGAGAUAGUUUUGUGGGUCGGUCAUGAUCAACAAAUAUCUGGUCGAAGGAUUUUGCCACAGUUUGCUCUUCAAUUGCCAAACAGGUCGAAUUAG